AGUUUGCUGACAGAUCGUACAGAUGUGGGGCGCUAUUGCAGCGAUCACAGCUCUGGCAAUUGGAGUCCUCUGUUCUCUGGGCAAUGGAGAGUACUUGGAACCGAGGUGCGGGCUAACUGCAAAUACUAUCGCUUUUAAAAUAAUUGGUGGCAGAGAUGCGAUCAUAAACUCAAAUCCGUGGAUGGCCUACAUCCAUUCCUCCGUCAAAUUAAUCUGCGGAGGAACUCUCAUUACCCAGCGGUUUGUCCUAACAGCAGCGCAUUGUGUUAACGAAGGAAGUGCGGUAAAGGUGCGACUCGGUGAGUACGAUGAUACUGCGACAGAGGACUGCAACAGCAAGAUCUGCAUCCCAAGGGCUGAGGAGCACGAUGUGGACAUGGCCUUCCGGCAUGGAAAGUUCUCUGAGAUCAAAAACCUGAACGACAUCGCGCUCCUUCGCUUGGCCAAAUUUGUGACUUUCAAAGCUCACAUCUCGCCCAUUUGCAUCAUUUUGGGUACCUCCAAGAGGGAAUUAGUCGAUAGCAUAGAAUGGUUUGUUGCCACCGGUUGGGGCGAGACUAGAACACACAGGACACGAGGUGUUCUGCAGAUCACCCAGCUCCAGCGCUAUAAUUCAUCCCAGUGCAUGCAAGCUCUUGGCAGGUUAGUGCAGCAGAACCAAAUUUGCGCCGGACGCCUUGGAUCCGAUACGUGCAACGGAGACUCCGGCGGUCCGCUCUUCCAGACUGUGCGCCACAUGGACAAAAUGCGUCCCGUGCAAUUCGGAGUCGUCAGCUACGGCAGCAGGGAGUGCUCCGGAAUCGGUGUCUAUACGGAUGUGUACAGCUACGCCGAUUGGAUCGCAACCGUGGUGCAGCAGAACACCCAUGUGCCCGCACCCAUAAUGCCAAACAUUUAAUCUUAAAUUUAUAAUUACACCUAAUUGUAAAAUAGACAAUAGUUGAUUGAUUUUCAAUGCUGUUGUCUUUUUAAAUGAAAAAUAUAUAAUUUUAAAAAUUG